ACGGGAAGCCUUCGAUCGUGCCGGACGUGUCCAUCCGCCUUGCUCAAAACACACACAACCCGCUGCAGCUGUAGGUGGCUUUUCCAUGUGUUUUUUCCUUCUUGCCAAAACCAUUCCUUUUCUACCCCUCAAAAGUUGUGUAACGAAUCAGCGUCAGGAUCAGUGUCAGCAGGCAGUGUAGGAAAAAGAAGAAAAAAACCCGGCGCUUUCUUAUCAGUGAUAAUAGAUUCGUUCUUCGCACGUUUCCACCUUCUAACAGGGGGAAAACGAUCAAAAAGCACGAGUGCACAGUUGAAAAAGCAGCAAAAAAGCAGGCGCAUUAGGGUGACGUGCUGCUGACGUGAUAGAAAGAACUGGGCUGACCCACCUUGCAAAUCGUUCGUGUUCGUGGUUCACGUGGUUGUCUGGCGGGGGGAGGGGUAUGUAAAUGACACAGCGACGGGCCUUUAAUGAGUGUUCGAGUCUUCGCUCACGGUGGAGGGCUUAGCGUUAGCCGGUUCGACUUAAUAUGCUAAUAAUCAUCAUCACCCCUUGCGGUCCACGGUUGUGACGGGAACGGGAGGCUCACCCACGGGAACAUUAGUGAACUAAUCGGUCAACGUGGUAGCGCUCAGCCAGGGUCAGGCAAGGAAAGGCAUUAUCAUUCGUAAGCCGCGCUCGUCUAAUGCAUGCAAACUUCAUCGGUAGUUCAGAGUUGGAGAGCGCCAACAGCAAUCGUGUUUUCCCAUCCCGUUGACGUCAGUGGUGCGUGAAGUGUCGAAAGACCGCGUUUGCUAGAUAGAAGCGCGAGGACAGUGAGAAGGACGGUUUGUUUCCGAGCGGCACUCGUGCGCCGUUACGCCCGUAAAAGUGGAUCGAUCCUGCGCCUCGGCGGCUUCCGCGACGGGUCCACCGACGGCUUCCCUGCCCAGCUGCACCAAGCUAGUCCGAUGCUCGAGAGCUGCUGCCUUGACGGACGAACCGGACACAGUGAGCGUAGAGUUAGAAGAGCACCGCGGCCGGCUUCAAGUGGCUCCCGAGCGGCCAACGCCUUGCCAACAGCCUAAGCUUGCCAUCGCACAGCUAGCCUCGCUUGCUUCGAUCAGUACCGCCGCCACCGCUACGCAGCAGAUCAUUACCACCACCGUCGUCAACGACAGCAACCACCAGAGCAUCGCCGCAGCAGUAGCAGUAGGCGAGUCUAGCACUACACAGCAACCGCAACCGCAGCGUGACGUCGGUAGCUCCACCAAUACAGCACUUCCAUCGCAGGACACGCCGCCGGAAGCGGACGGAUCGUGCUCGACAUCGCAACGACCACCGGCAGGCAGGUGCUCGCCGACACCUUCCACCUCGACGGCGGUUGCACCGGCACCGCGCCGAAUAUGCACCUUGAAGGUGAAGAUCUUUCUCAUCAAGCAUCUGUCUAAGCUGGUCGCUUGCAACAAGAAAAUGUUCCUGCCCGUCAAAUCCAACACGUCUCCGACUGCCAACGGUGAAACGGUAAACGGCGGCGAGGAUGUCACCACUGUAACAUGCAACUCCACGCAAACCCCCAGCGAUCUCAGCCCACCGAACAUGUCGAACGACGACAUACUGCCGCAGGCCCACCACCAGAACCCCGGCCACUGCAUAGCUUCCUUCUCCGCCAUCAAUCGCAUGCGGCAGAAUGCACAGCUGUGCGAUGUUACGCUGGAAGUUGGGGGUGAAACGAUCAAUGCACACAAAGUCAUACUUGCUUCAGUUUCGCCAUACUUCUACGCCAUGUUCAAUGACGACAUGCUCGAGCGGAACUGCGACGUGGUCACGCUGCACGAUAUUGACCCUUCGUCGCUGAAGCAGCUCAUCGAGUACGCGUACAGUGGUGAGAUCACCAUCACCGAGGAUAACGUACAGGUACUUCUUCCCGCCUCGAGCCUGCUGCAGAUCCAGUCGGUCCGUGAAGCGUGCUGCAAGUUUCUGCUACGUCAGCUCCAUCCCUCCAACUGUCUGGGAAUUCGAAGCUUCGCCGAUGCUCACUCGUGCAAGGAACUACACUCCCGAUCCCACCGGUACGCCCUGCAGAACUUCCAGCAAGUCGUCGGCACGGAGGAGUUUUUAUUGCUCGGAUUUAAUGAGGUGCAGGAUUUGAUUUCCAACAGCCAGCUAAACAUCUGCUCGGAGGAGAAGGUGUUCAUGGCGGUGCUGAACUGGGUGAAGCACGAUCUCAGCGAGCGCAAGAAGCACAUAUCCGAGCUGAUGUCGCACGUCCGACUGCCGCUAGUCAGCCGCGAGUUUCUCAUGAACUGCGUCGAAACGGAGGCGCUCGUGCGGGAAGAGUCCCACUGCAAGGAGCUGCUGCUGGAGGCGAUGAAGUACCACCUGCUGCCCGAGCAGCGCAGCUCCCUCGUGAGCCAGCGGACGCUCGAGCGCCGCCCGGAGGGUAUGCGAUCGUACAUCUUUGCGGUGGGCGGCGGCAGCCUGUUCGCCAUCCACAACGAGUGCGAGUGCUACAACCCCAAGACGAACGCGUGGAUGACGAUCUCGCCGAUGAUUUCGCGCCGGUCGCGGGCCGGCGUCACCUCGCUCCGGAAGCUGCUGUACGUGGUGGGCGGGUACGACGGCGAGAAUGAUCUCGCGACGGCCGAAUGCUACAACCCGCUCACGAACGAGUGGACCAACAUUACGCCCAUGGGCACGAAGCGGUCCUGUCUGGGCACGUGCGCCUUCGAUGGGCUGCUGUACGUGUGUGGCGGGUACGAUGGAGCGUCCUGCUUGAGCAGCGUCGAGCGGUACGACCCGCUGACCGGUGUGUGGACGUCCUGUCCGGCGAUGAGUACGCGGCGGCGGUACUGCCGGGUGGCGGUGCUGGACAACUGCAUCUACUCGCUCGGUGGAUUCGAUUCCAGCAACUACCAGUCGUCGGUGGAGCGGUUUGAUCCGCGCGUCGGCAGCUGGUCGUCCGUGCCGAGCAUGACUUCGCGCCGCAGCAGCUGCGGGGUGGCCGCCCUGGACGGCUAUCUGUACUGUAUCGGUGGCAGCGACGGUACGAUGUGCAUGCAGACGGGCGAACGGUUCAAUCUGCGCACGAACGCCUGGGAACCGAUCAGUGCCAUGCAUUCGCGAAGAUCAACGCACGAGGUGGUGGAAGCGAACGGAUUCCUGUACGCACUCGGCGGCAACGAUGGCUCCUCGUCGCUCAACUCGGUCGAGCGGUACGAUCCGAAGGUGAACAAGUGGACGAUCGUCACCUCCAUGCUGACGCGGCGCAGCUCGAUCGGUGCCUCGGUGCUGGAGUGUUUCAAUCUCGAGCGUGGCCUCCUCCAAACCAGCAUUUGACCACUGAGCUGUCCCAAUGGAGGUGGUGGUGGUGCUGCUCCUGCUGCUACAGCGGCCGGUGCUCCUUCUACGUCCGGACCAUCCGAUAGCAGUGCAGACACACCGCCGAGUCAGUAAGUAUGCGCUGCGUGCGUUACGGUGUUUCUAGGGUAGGAAAGAACUCCGCAAAAAUCAGUCAUUAUUAUUAGAUAAAACAUAAUUAAACAGCUAGGCUAGCCAAAACCAGGUUGGAAGGAUGGGUUGGGUUGUCGGGGAAGCUCUUUCCCUCCCUUUGGAUACAAUGUCGCUUAAGUGUAAGAAGCUGUGCGCGCAUUUAAACAGCAUUUUUGCAGCAGUCUUAGUUAAGCUCACUCUGCUCCCGCUCAGGACGCAUGCUUUUAAGGAAGACUAAAAAGAAAGAAUGGUUUCGCCGUCUCACCCGGGUGGGUUCUAGUGAAUUUAGGGUGCAGUGUGCCGCCUGUGGCUCUGAUCAUGAUCCUUGAUGUAAGCGUGUUUUUUCUUUGUUAAACGGGUCAGUAUUGUAACUUACCAAAAACCAACCAACUCCCCCGUACAUUUUUGUAUUGAUCUUCGUUCCAUAUACGGGUUUUCCCACGAUUUAUUGGUCAGUUCCCAUGAUUUUUUGAUCGUAUCCCAUAGAUUUUUGGUUCGUUCCCAUAAUUUUUUGGUAUUUUCCGAUUGGAAUCAAUACAAUUGGACCAAAAAAUUCUUAGAAACGAUCAAACAAUCGUGGAAACGCACCAAAAAAAUAUGGGAACCCACCAACAAUUGAUGGGAACCAACCAAUAAAUCGUGGGAAACCCGGUAUUGUUCCAUUUUGUUGAUCAAUCUCUAUUCAAUGUUGUAUUAUCGUCCUGGCUCCUAUUUUCAUAGUGGUUGUGUGUGUGCGUGUGUGUGUGUGGGUUAUUUAUGUUAAGAGCAAAUUUCACUUUUGUGGGGUAAUGUUUUACACUGCCGUUGAGUUUGUUGUUGUUUUACUUUUAUUCUACCUCCAUUUGUUAUAUAAUUUUAAGCGUCCAAUUUCGUUGGCUUUACAUUCACACACUCACGCCCCUUUUUUUUGCUUUCGUAAAAAACAACUCUGGCAAACUCUUUCUCACGACCAAAUGCUGCUUGCUUUCUCUUCCGACUUCUGACGACAAACACUGUGAUAAACUCUCUAUUUAUUAAGAAUGCAAUCAAGAAUGCAUCUCUCAUGCACGUGCACUCGUUUGUGUGUGAGUGAGUCAUCCUUUUUCGAACCAUCGGGCAUCUAUAAAAUUCGCUAUGCAUCCCUUUUGUACACCCCUUUGCCUACCCUCUUGCAUCGCGCAUUUUCGCCUUUCCACUCACUUCUCCGUUUUACUGCACCCAAACAAAAAUGUGUACUUUGCACAACUUUUAUGUGUGCUUUUAAAUUCAAAAGGGAAACAUCGUUUAUUGUUUUUUUAGUACUGUUUUAUUGCUGUCGUUGUAGCUUUAGUGAUGACAAAAUACAGUGGAGGAAAUUCCUGCAAGUGUAGUUUGAUUGUUGAGCAAAUCAUAUUUUUUCUAACUAGAUAUUUUAAAGCAAAAUAAAGUGAAAAAUUAGAUUUGUUUUAUGUUUUAUAGUUAUAGAGGUUUUGGACUCCGUAGCACGCAAUUAAACCUUUUUAAAUUAAAUUAAACAAUGAUUUAUUAAAAGCUCUUCUGAUUUAAAAUAUUAUAAUUUGUUUCAAUAACAAAUAAACAAAUAAAGUUUUAUUAGAAACGUUACUUUAAGAUUUAAAAAGAAAAUGCACGUUUUUGGAAUUGUCCAUUUUGGUGAUUAAUUUAUUCAUGUUUCCAAAUUGUUUUUUGAUCAGUCCCACUGCUUUCCUAUUUUUUGUUUGUUUUUUUUUUUAUAAUUCUCGAAUAUCUGUAUUUCACUUAAAUAUGGCUCACUAUUUGUUAACAUCGUUUCAACAUUUUAUGAAUCAAAUGGUUGGGUAGCAGAGCAGAUAAAUCGUGAGAUUCAAAAAAAGAUUGAAAAAACAGUUAAACAAAUCAUCCAAACCCUUUACAUCAAUUAAAUAUAAGAUCAAAUAUAAAUUUGUUAAAUCAUGGUACGCUUCGAACUAUAAUGAUUUUUGCCUAUUUUUCAUUUAAUUUUAUAUCUUGAUAUCUUUGGAUUUUGAUUUCAUGUUUAAAAAAUAAUAGCACGAAAUAAUGGAUAUGCAAAUCUGCUCAGAACGGAGCGUACACUUAAUGGAAUUUCCUCCACUGUAUUACACUAGCCGUAGAGUCGUAUGUAGUUGAUGUAGUUUAAAUCAAUGAGGUCCAACAGAAAAAAAUAAUCGAUCGAUACACAAUUUUUGACACAAUGGCAACGAAAAAAACGAAGACAGAAACGAACAUGACACCGCAUUAGAAAACCAAAAUAAAAUCUAAUGGCAUGUGGUAUGUAUCUUUAGAGGAAGCUUCCGCGUCAGCGAGCUAACACGCAAUCAAUAGCUAAAUAUUAACGUAACUCAAAGCCAUUAUCCGUUAGAGCUAGCAACAGGACAGUAUGGUAAUAGUGCAUCACGUCUUAAAACAGACGAUCUUAAGUAGUAAUUCAGGAAUCGGCCUGCCACCGGGCAGCGUUCAACAAAUCAACCACUGCCAUUUUCAAACCUCUCGAUAGCUGGACGUAGAUAUUUAGAACCUUGUAUCGUGUAUCGUGUUUAAACAAUAUUCCGAUUAUCAUCUCAAAACAAAGUAGGAACAUCUUAUCAAACAUACAGCGACGAGCGAGCGGAAAGGUGAAAUAACACGUGAGAAUUGGACUGAUUGUGAAUUGUGUUCGGUGGCAGAAAAGGUAGGCAUCAUUUCAGGGAUAGUUUUCUUACAAUCAAUUAACACAUAGCGUACCGUAAAUUAGUAGAAAACGGCUACAGCGAACCAAAAAUAUAUAAGGGAAAACAAGUAGUAUCCGUUUUUGUUUGCUCACCAAACAUGUGUUUGUACCAUCGUUUAUUUCGGCAGUAUCUGAGCUGAUAGUUCUGAAGUAUUCUAAUUUAAAACAUUGAAUUCGUCACUAAGCAGUAUGUGUGAACCGUAAGGAACAAUCUACCGACAUUACCAUUGCUAAAUAUGGACAACAAAAUACAAACAUUAAGCAACAAU